AUGACAUUAAGAGAAAUAAAUUCGAUUCAAUUAAAAAAAGGGCAAAAAGCAACAAGAUUUGAUACUGGUACUUCGAAACAUAAAAAGGUUGAACCAAUUGUGGUGAGAAAGAUUAUUGGCUAUGUGCUUAUUUUCAUUAUUCAAUGGACCCCUUCUAUGAUUUAUGUCUUUGGUGGAAUAGGCAACAUGAUACAAUAUAUAAUAAACGAAGGAUGGCGUAAUGAUCCAAAUUCCGACAUUAAUGAUGAUGACUUGUCUAUUGUAGUAGUUAAUAAUCCUUCUACAAAUGAUUUGAAUUCUCCUUCUUCCGCUCCUACCAUAAGUUUACCUCUUCAUCAUUCAAAAAUAAAGGUUGAUGAAUUGAUCACUAUUAAAAUUGACCCUAAACAACGUUCUAUUACUCCUGAUUCUCAGAGUGAUUAUUCUUCUUCUCCAACUAUAGCUCCAAGCAUUUCAAGUAAAGUUGAUGCCUUAAAAAAUCAACGAAAAGAUGAUGCAUUAAUGAAACAACAACGAGAAAUUGUACAAAGAGACAUAUCUGCUUCUUCUUCUUCUCAAAGCGAUCAUAGCCAUAUUAUGAAUGAAUUAGAUAAAAUCAUCGUCAAACAUAAUGAUGAUGUUAUAAGGCAUGGUGGUAUUAUGGCCAGGCAAAAUAAAUGUUUAUUUCCUUCACCUUCUCAAAUCCUUCCUGGUAUCCACGAAUUUGAAUUUGAAGUCGAUCUCCCUGGUCAUUUACCCGCUUCGUUUAAGGGAACACGUGGAAAAAUUGAAUAUUGGUGUUAUGUAACCAUAGCACGUCCAAUGUUUCAUGCUGAUAUUUCAAUAAAAAAACCUGUCAUCAUUCAACGUUCUUUAAUACCUAAUGAUAUAUUAACAUCUCCAACUGCUAUACAAGGUCAUUUAACAACUUUCACCGAAGGUAUAUUAGAUGAUAAAGUUCAAUACUCUAUUAAUGCUCCAAUAAUGGCUUUUAGGGAAGGUGGGUUGGUUUCUGUACAAUUAGUAUUGAAACCAUUAAAUUCUGAUAUAAUUGUGAAAUCGGUCGAAUACGGUUUAAAAGAACUUGUACAUUAUCAUAAAUCUGGAGCUGAUGAUGGAGUACAUGAUAUAACUGCAACAAUAAAAGAGGAUAGAUUUCCUCUUGGAAAAAAAUCAAUUACUUUAAAUAAUUCCCAUUCUUCUUCGACUCCUCAAAAUGAUUCUGAUCCGAUUCAAAUUGAUUUUAGACUAUGUCCACGAGUAAAUUGUGAUAUUGGUAGUUUAUUAAUUAAUGUUUCUCAUCAACUUUCUUUCUUUAUUGAAAUCGAAAUUUCUGAACACAUUUCUUUUGAAGUUAAUAAUAAGUACAUUGAUCAAUACAUUAAUAGAUUUAGAUUUUCUACUGCUUCUUGUCUUUCUAAUGUUUCCUCUUAUACUGACUCUGAGAUUAGAAAUUCUUAUUCAUUGAAUGGACCUAGGACACAAUCUUUACCGGCACCAUCCAUACAACCUCUUUCACGUUCGGCUCCAUCAAAUCAUGAUUUUAGUAAUCCUUUUAAUAAUUUAACUCAUUCUAAUUCAAACUUUAUACAAUUACCUCAUUCCGAUUUAAACUUUAUUCAACAACAAUCACGAAAUACUUCUACUAUACCUUAUCCUGAUUUUAACUUUCAACAAUCACGACAUACUUCUACUACGACUUAUCCUGACUUAAACUUUCGACAAUCACAAAAUUUUGAAUAUUCUGGUCAAUUAUCCCUUGAAAUUCCAUUAAUCAUAACCACAAAAUCAAAUUAUAAUUCUCAUUCAAAUAGAACUAGUAUAAGAUGUAUGAGUUUGAGAAGUAAUGCGGGAAAUCAUUUAUCGGGUAUUCAUGAUUUUGAAAGUUCCCCUCCUUAUUCUAUGUUUGAAGAACCUCCUUCUUAUAUGUAUGCAACUUUAGUUCCUCCCCCACCACGAUAUAAUGAUAGUCAAUGA